UACUCUCAUAGACAAAGUCUCUCUCUCUCUCUCUCUUUGCUAGGGUUUUUGCUCCGAGUCUCUGCACCUAGGGUGUCUCUUCUCUGCAAUCAGAUACAAUUCGAGCUACACACAGCCAUGCCACGAUACUACUGUGAUUAUUGUGACACCUACUUGACCCACGAUUCGCCAUCUGUAAGAAAGCAGCACAAUGCAGGUUACAAGCACAAGCACAAUGUUCGGACAUACUAUCAACAAUUUGAGGAGCAACAAACCCAAAGCUUGAUCGACCAAAGGAUUAAGGAACAUCUUGGGCAAGCUGCAGCUUUCCAGCAGGUUGGUGCUGCUUACAAUCAACAUCUAAUGGGUCAGAGGCCCCGCCUUCCUGUUCUACCUACACCCGUAAUGGCACAGAUACCUGGAAGUUCACCAUUACUCCCAGGGAUGAGGCCUCCUGUUUUACCAAGACCAAUUGCCGGGCCUCCAGGGUAUCUGUCUUCUCCGACAAUGCCACCUAUGAUGAUGCUUCCACCUGGUGCUCCUUCCAUGCCUGGUCAAUUGAAUGCUAUUCCAAGGCCUCCUGUGAGUGCAGCCACAACAGUUCCUGGAAACACAGCAGCACCCACUUCCAAUGGUGCUCCACCUAUGGUCAUGCAGCCAUUGUAUCAAGCCAGUCCAGCACCAUCAACAAGUGGGGGCUAUGAUAAUCUCAAUUCCAAUGCCCAAGCUACUGAGGCUAGUCAUUAGCUAUGAGAAACUGGCAAACAAAGCAAGCAAGAAAUUCUUGUGGUACAACAGACACCUCAGUUGGAAUUUCCAUCUCAUGGUCUUGUAAUCCUCACUAUGUAAUGUUCUUUUAAGAGGUUGUCAGCUGGUGGCUGAAUGUAGAGAAUAGUUGUGGAAUCUCAUUUAUGUAAACAUUAUAUAACAUUGAUACAUUUCUAGUUGUGGCUACAAGAAAAGUUUUGCAUGUCCAGAAUUAUUAUCUAAUUUGAAUUGCUCUUAUUCUGUA